GAACUCCAGAGGAAGACCGUCGAGACCCUCAAGGGCACCUGUGUGACCACAGACUGGCAACUUGAAGUUGCGCCCAAGGAGCUGCUCGUUGAGCUGCUUCCCCCGGGAACGAAAGGGGCGGAGUUGACGCUCUGCCUCCACGCCCAGCAGGCAGUGGCAGAGCAGGAGGCGGCCAAGGCAGCGCAACCGGGGACAGAAGCAGUGGCGAGGCAAGUUGCGCGCCUCGGGAGGACUGUCCGCAAGACCAAGGCCGGGGGCCGGGAGCCUUCGAGCCUCUCCACGUCCCCGGAAAAGGACUUCGACGCGUUCGAGUGCCUGCGCUCGUACGGCCUCGGGGUCAAGAGCGACCGCAACUGCAGAUUCGCCGCGCUUCGGGCGCUGGCGGCCUCGGCGCGCAAGGAUGAGUUCGCGGUCCCCGGCGCCUUGAACAAGUUCAGUCCACAGUGGAUGGACGAGCGCUACAGGCCGCAGACUGCGUCAGAUGUGACCCACGCGCAGUGGACGGCCAUGUGGUGGGGCAGGGCGCUGGCGCAGUUGACCUGCCAGGCUCACACGCAGAAAGAGGUCGUGACGGUUGAGACUAUUUUGGGCGCCUUCCUGGACGUGAGCAGGAUUGCACUCGAAGACACCAGGAGGGUGGCGUCCGAUUACGAUGCCACCCUUUGGAGCGAGCUUGCUGACCGCACGCGCAGGAAGGACGCCACGUGCAUCCCGAAGGUGAUGCUAGAGCAGGUUGACGAGAACCGGCGCGCCAGAGCCAACUCAGCGGCCAGGGCUGCCGGCAACGCUCGGUCCCAGACCGGGUUCAAGAGGGGCAGCAAGGGCAGGCCGCAGUACCAGCAGCACUACCAGCAUCACUACCAGCAGCCAGGGCGCCAGCAAG